AAUAUGGCAGCUUUUAAAGCUGGACAAGCACUGAAAUACCCUGGUUAUCUGAUCCAUUAAGAUUGAUGGUGUUCGGGAUGCAAACUCACACAAGAAAGCAUGUGAUAGCAGGUGCAUGUGUAACCUGUAGCUCCAGGCAGUUGCUGGGAGACUUCCAGAGCUCCAGGACGCAGAAGCCAGCUGGACUCCAGCGGACCCCCAGCCAGUGCUGACAGAGGAAAGACAGCAGAAGCCGUGAGACUACCAACGCUGGAAGUAAGGAGCAGGCUUGCCAUAAGGAAGCCCAGCACCAUCCUUGUUUCUGUGAGGUCCCAGUGUACAAGGAAGUAAUAGUUAAUAAACAACACUCUCUACAAGAUUGAGAGAGCCAGAGAGAGCUGUGCUGCUGAAAAGCAGGUGUGCUUCAUGAAUAAACUAUAGCAUGUUACCCGGUGGGUACUAAUGAAACAAACAGAAGUUUCGCAGCCAUGGAUAAUACAAAGGCUCAAGACACGAUUCCACAGCUAAGCCAGGAAAAAAUCCUGAAAAUUAUGAACAUGGUGAAAAACAAAGAACUGAACAUUGAAGAAGCUUUGGAUUUGGCACAUGCAGAAAAGGAAGCAAUGAAUUUGGUGUUCCCAAUGGAUUCACAGGACUGGCUGACUGGUUCACAGUUCAACUUCAGUGUCUACAAAUACAAACGAUAUAGGUGGCAGAAACGGAUUUUGCAGAUUGAUUUUAACACAGAGACCAUUUUUAACAUUGAGAAAGGGAUCAUCAAGAAACAGUUCCCAUUUUCACAAGUUAAAUCCUGUGAAGACAAUGAAGGGAGGCGCUUCAGCAUCACAUUUCAUGGGCGUGCGGAUUAUGAACUGGAAGCAACGUCUUUUGAAGAUAAAAGAAAAAUAUCACACCUGAUGAACAAAGUUACUCAGGGUAAUUCGUAUAGGCGACCUGCAGAGUCCUGGGCUGGAGGACCUGCCAAAUGCAAUGUGAUACAUGAAGGACUGCUGGAUUUGCAGCAAGACAGUUUGGCAUCCGUUAAAUGGGUGAAAUAUUUGGUGCAGCUACAUGAAGGAGAACUGAGUUUAUAUGGCAUUGGCAACAAUGGAGAGAACAAGAAUGCAGAACCAGUAGCAAAGACAAUUAAUUUGUCAGAUGGAAAUGUGAGUGUCGUUAAAGAGAAUGGAUAUGAUACUUUCUCAGUCCAGACCAAGGAAUGCAAUUACUUGUUUCGAAUACCCUUUACUGUCCAGAAUAACAGGGCAGGGGAUGUUAGCAAGCUCCAGAAUGAAUGGGUAUUGCUCAUAAGCAGAUAUUGCCUGCUGUGGAAGAAUCGCCCGGAACCGCAGGAAAGCUUUGGCGAAGCCACCUCAGUGGCUGUCUAUGAAAAACUCACCUUCUCUCCAAAUACGCAGAGAGAAGGGGCCCGUUGUCUCCCUGUGGCUUCUGAAGCAGCUGUACUGAGUGUGUCUUCAGCGCUCCAAUCUACUCCCCCCACAGAACAAGCAGCCCCAGAUUCGUCAUCGCUUCUGCUUGCCAGAGUUCAGGCAGGGAUGCCACCUCCACCACCUUCUUUCCCUCAGCCCUCCCACCUCUCUCCAGCAUCGAAAAGAAUGAAAGCUUUUCACUGGGAUGUUGUUCCUCAAGAAAAGAUUCACAAGUCGAUCUGGGCAUCAUGUAGCCUACAUAAGAAAAAAAUAGAUGAGUCUAGAAUCUAUGACCAAUUUCACAUUCAAGACACGACAGUAUUUUCAGGCAACGAAACUUCAGUGAAUCGGCCCAUUAUGUUAAAUCAAAAAAUUGCACAUACUUUCAAUAUUUUUCUGAAAAGUUUCCAUAUAAAACCAAACCAAUUGAAAGAAAAAUUAUACAUUUUACAUGAAGAUGGUGGCGGAUUUACAGAUGAGCAGAUUACAGCACUAAGAAGAUAUCUGCCAACUCCACAAGAUUUAGAAAUGUAUCAGUCCUUCAAGGGAUCGCUUUCAGAGCUACAUGUGGUUGAUCAGUUUAUGCUAGAGAUGUGUAAAAUUCCUCAUUUGGGCCAAAGACUGGAUCUCUUGCUUACGAUACGAGAACUUCCUGUGUGCAUGGGUGAUCUGGAGCCUCUAAUAAACCAGAAGAUCCGAGCAUGCAAACAGCUUCAAGCCAGCCAGAAAUUUGUCGCUGUGUUGGAGUACAUCUUAGCCAUUGGGAACUACUUAAAUGAAAAUGCUGGAAGAAAGCUGGCCAAAGGAUUUCGAUUGUCUUCUUUGACCAAAUUAUCAUUGCUGCGGGGUAAGGAGAAGAAGAUCACCUUGCUUCAUGCCCUUGUGGAACAGAUCUUCUUACAUGAGCCUGAUUUGGCUAAAUUUUCUCAGGAGUUGACAGAAUUUGAAGCUGUUCCUGGUGCUUCCAUCAAAGGUCUCCGUGCUGAAGUUGAUGUUUUAAAGAAAGAAUUGGAAAACGUUAUUGAGUACCGAAAGAUUAUCAAGUCCAAGACUAUGAAAGCAAGAACUCAAGAGUCACAGUUCUGCAAAGAAUUAAAGGAUCUAAUUCAGAAGUAUGAAGGACACCUUUCACAACUGUCAAAAAGAUGCGAUGAAAUGAAGAAGCUCUACAAUGAAACACUGGUAAAAUUUGGGGAACUACCAGAUCAAGACUCUCAAGAGCUAUUUGGCUGGAUUUCUGCAUUUAUUAGGGAAUUCAGGAAGGUCUCUGCAGACAUGUCAUAAGUUCUCCAAUGUUAAAGGCAACAAACUUUUUCUUAAAUGUUGUGUCAUGGAACUUUGUUGCCUGGAAAGCUUUCGGGGGUACCUAGAUGGCGCAUAGAAAUUUUAUUGGCGCUCUGAAUAGGAGUGAAUUUGCCCUGUGUGGAUAUAGUCAAAAUAGAUUCUACACACUUAAGAGGUUUUAAAAUGUGACCAUCAAAAUCCCAGAUUGCCUAUGUGCAUCUUCCUGGUUGUGUUUUUAACUUUCUUACUGAUGCAUCUCUCUUUUUGGACGGGAGGGCAAAAUAUUUUUAUCCACUGACAUGUCUGUAAUUUGGAAGGGGAGAAAAAUCUCAGCAUGUUAUAAUUCUCUUUUUAAUACUUUUCUUUGUUACCCAGUCUUUUGAGUGAAUUUUAUGUAUUCCUCCCAAGCAAAGAAUAAUUUUGCGGUUAAUUUUUUUAUUCUUCUUACUGUAAUGUUACUAAAUAAUGUAUCAUCUGCUUUGUAAUAAUAUGUGGACUCUCGACCCACAGAGAGAAACGUUUAGCAGAAAUUCAUGUUCAUCUGCAUCUAUUACAGCCUGGCAACUCAGAAUGAAUAAUGAGAAGAGUGUAAGGCUGCGUGAUUUUUUUUUUUUUUUUACAAAACAGUGCAAUGAAAUUGUGCUCUUUUCAUGACUAAUGAUUCAGGAGGCAUAUAUUGGAGUGACUGAAGAGCUGAGAUUUUAGUUGUAUUGGCAGGCAGGGCACAACAUCAGAAAAGCAGAAUGAAAACCUCUUAUGAGUCAUGUAAGUAUCAGAUCUUGGAGAAGAUCAUCCAUGAUUUUCAACAUGAAAAGCACUUUGGGUGCAUAAGUUGGGAAAACUAUGAGUUUAAAUUUGAAUACUUUGGCAGAAGCUCAACAAAUUACAGAUGGGGAAAAUGCCUACAGCUGCAAAAAAGCAAAAGAAAGAACAAAACUUUGUUUUGCAUAUUGUAACCUUGAAAGCAGAAAAGUGGCACAAGUCCUUUAUUGAUUAGCUGUUCUGCCUAUUGGUGCCGAAAGCUACGAUGAUUGAGAGGCCUAUGUCUUCCAACUUAUUUUUGGGUCUAAAUGUCCAGUCCUGCAAGAUGCUACUCACCUCUGAAUUUGACUUCAGCCUCUGAGGCACUUACAAGCUACCAGUACACACUUGCUUAGCUUUUGGCACAUCACUUCUCUCUUUGAAAAUCCAUUGCCUGGGACUACACAUGCUUGAAGUUAAGAACUUGCAAAAGGGCUGUCAGGAGCAGGGGAUUCAUA